UUAGAGUUAGAAGCUUGUUUAGAGAGUAUUUUGGAGUUAGCUCUAAGUUUCGUGUGUUCCUCCCUUCCUUAUCUGACUCGAAAACUGGGACAUGGACGGAGAGCAGAGAACUCAACCGGCGGCGCCACCGCGGAGACAGCAAGGAAAUGCCGGAGAUUCUCCUAAUAACUCUUUACCUAUGCUUUUGGCAUUCAUCGCAAUUUUCGUUUUAGUUCUGGUUCAAUCGGCAUCAGAUUUAACGAGUAGCUUAUCUAUCAUACACCAAGUUCCAGAAGGCCAUGUCGGGGUUUAUUGGAAAGGAGGUGCCCUGCUAAAAACAAUCACAGAUCCAGGCUUUCAUUUGAAGCUGCCACUUAUAACAUACUUUGAGCCCGUCCAAGUGACCCUUCAGACGGAUCUGGUGAGAGAUAUUCCAUGUGGCACAAAAGGCGGUGUGAUGACUAACUUUGAGAAGAUUGAGGUUGUUAAUCGCCUUAAAAAGAAUUAUGUUUAUGAAACGCUACUGAACUAUGGCGUACAUUAUGACAACACAUGGAUCUAUGACAAGAUUCAUCACGAGAUUAAUCAGUUCUGCAGUGGCCAUUCUCUUCAGCAAGUAUAUAUCGAUAUGUUUGAUCAGAUUGAUGAAAAAAUGAAAGACGCUCUUCAGGCUGAUUGCACACGUUAUGCUCCAGGUAUAGAAAUUAUAAGUGUGCGUGUCACAAAACCUUCUAUCCCAGAGAGUGUAAGGCGGAAUUUUGAGCAGAUGGAGGAAGAACGCACUAAGGUCAUGAUUGCAGUGGAGAAACAGCGGGUAGCUGAGAAGGAGGCCGAGACUCAGAAGAAGAUAGCUAUAAGUGAUGCUCAGAAGCAUGCUCAUGUUAGCGCAAUCCAGAUGGAACAGAAGUUGGCUGAGAAAGAUAGUGCACGGAAAGAAGAGGAAAUUGCCAAUGCUAUGUAUCUAGCCAGAGAAAAGAGUUUGGCUGAUGCUGAUUUCUACAAAACAAUGAGAGAAGCAGAGGCAAACAAGUUAAAACUGACUCCUCAGUUUCUGGAGCUCAAGUUCAUCAAAGCAAUUGCUAACAACUCCAAAAUAUUCUUUGGCAACAAGGUACCAAAUAUGCUUUUUGACCAGAGACUUUUGGGAAACUUUUUCCAGGAUGCAGCACCGAUAGAAAAGCUGGACACUUAGUUUAAAUAAGGCUCAAAAGCUUCAGUCAAGAAAUUUUCAGAAAAUGGGACUUGGUGAAACUUGAAAGUGAUGAAUAUUUGGUCAGGAUUACAGAUCACCUCGAAACUCAUUUUCUCAUUUGUUUUGUUGUUUGUUAUUUGUAUGGAUUAUCGAUCGAUCGCUUGGGAACUCUAUUCUGGUUUUGUUUGUUCUUUGUUAUUUGUAUCAAUGGCACACAAUGUUUGUCUAUCAGGGCAGGAUUAUUCUUUUAUGUAUUUGUCAUUGUAAAUA